AUGAGUUCGGACAAGAUGGACAAGGAAAGAAAACUUAGUUUAGAUAAGACUGACUAUGGAGCAAAAAUGAGCUCGGACAAGAUGGACAGGGAAAGAAAACUUAGCUCAGACAAGACAGAUUAUGAACGAAAACUAAGCUCAGACAAGAUGCUCUCGGAACCGUCGAUGAGUUCAUACAAGACGGAACUGAAAUCAGGAAGUUUAGAUAGUGCAGGAAAAACGGAGAAGGCACCAGCAGUGCCUUUGCAGACCUGUGAACCAGCACCUCAGCCAUCGUCUGUCUCCGCGUCAGCUUCCAUGACCUACGGCUCUGUGGGCCGCGAUGUGACACACUCCCUGCCUCUACUUCCAUCCCCACACCGGUCAUCCCUGGGUUCUGCCUAUGGACGCGAGAGUAAACGCAGCAGUCUGCCCAGGAGCUUCUCACUCAGCAGGAAGUCUGCACGCAAGGCACACGUCAGGGAGCUCACCGAGAUCAAGGGAGUGCUGGAGGACACCCUCAGGAGCAAGGAGGAGCAAAUAUCUUAUCUUCGGAGCCAGCUGACACAGCUGGAACAUGAAAAGGUGGAGAUGUCAGAGCAGGUGAAGGAGCUGCAGCAGUGUCAGCAUCUUCAGAGUGAACUUCAGCAGCGCCACCAGGCUAUCACGAAACAGAAUGCGGAGUACGAGAUGAUGAUCGAACACCUGGAAAGGCGACAGGAAGAAUUUUUACAGGUAGACUCUGCUAAAAGUGAUGCCAUUGCUGUCUGCGACAGUCACAUCCAAGAACUGACUCGUAUUGUGGGAGAGAACAGAGAACAGCUCUCCAGGUAUCAGAGACAGCAGGAAGAGAAGGAGAAGGAAUUGCUUGCCUUGGAUGCCUCUCACAAGCAGACGAUAGACACCCUCAAGGCCAACGUGGACCGCCUCACAGCCAUGCUGAGGAAGAGCGACGUGAACCACGUCAAGAGACAGCCUGGAGGUAUGGAGGUGGGGGAGGACGUGCUGGACGAGGAUGGUAAUAUACUCGUUAGAUCCGUAGACGACCUGCAGAAGAACCUCAGUAAGAUGUCCAAGAGGGUCGAGGAGUAUGAGAAAUUCAACUCCUGCUUCAAGGAACAACUGGAAGCAAAGGAGAGAGAGUUGGAAGAGAGGGAAGCUCAGCACCAGGAGCUGGAGUAUUCCCUCAGGGAGGAGGUGGAGAGACUCAGAGCCUGGAAGACACAACAGCAGGAACAAGUUCACGUCCGGGAGAAGCUCAUCAGUGACCUUAAUAAGAACGUGGAAGAAAAGUCCAUCACAAUUAAAGACUAUGAGAGGCUCAUCUCUUCACUGCAGACAAGGCACAAGCAGCAGGUGGAGGAGCUAAGCAACAAACUUGAGGCUGAGAGGCAAGAGAGAGAGAAGGAGAGGGAGGUCGGAGACUGUGAGAUAGCCCUCCUGACCAAACAACUGGAGAAGGCACACCAGGAGCUGCGGAAGAGCACCGCCACAACCCAACACAGCAGAGGUCGCUCUGGAUCCUACAAGAGGGAUGAGAGAGAUUCCUCGCAAGUGGCCUCCCUGUCUGGCCUCCCCAACCUGGGCAACACCUGCUACAUAAAUUCUAUCAUCCAGUGUCUCUAUAGCAUAAACACCCUGAGAGAUUACUUAACCACGACGAAUUCAGGAAAUACAUCAAUUCCAAGAGUGAACAAAAAGGGAAGGUGGUCCUUGCAGUAGCUCAAGUCUUUAAAGCUCUUUCUUCUGGUGCAGUGAAGGAUAUCUUCAAGAAGAUCAAUAGCCUGAAGAAUGUUAUUGAGGACCUAGACGAGGAAUUUCGAGGGUCACAUCAGCAUGAUGCUCAUGACCUCCUGGCCGGCCUCCUGACCUGGCUACACAAUGACCUUGUGAAA